UCGCUCGCCGUUUUAGGCGAAGUACAGGAAACUGCACACGGUCCCUGACUGCCUUCAUUCUGGUUUCAGUGCCUUUCGUUUUUGCUGUGGCUACUGCAGAAAGGGCGAUCGCACUCACGUUAGGCGGAAGUGUCCUAAGUUAAUUUGUUUGUGUAUCUGUAUACUGCAGAUGAAGACGACAACCCCGAUGUACAGGGAUGUAGCGAAUUUAGGCUUGGGGGCAAACGUCUGUGAGGAGGAGUUUGUUUCAGGGAGGCAGACAUCUGCUUGUGUGUAAGCAUCUAGACAGAAAGGAGGCAGCAGGAUGGAGCUUUGUGCCACUGGAAAUCCUGCUGAGUGAUUAAGACCAGGAUCAAUGGAUGUCAGGGACAAACUGGAUAUACACGUAGCAGACCUACAGCUGUUGUAAACAUGGAUUGGUUACCCUGUUUGGAUCCCAAAGGCAUUUUCACAAGCCCCUUGUUUUAAUGUAGUUUGAUUUCCUAAAAACAUUUCUACAUCUCAGUAUGGGAAUGUUCCAUCCCUGGAAGCUCUCUUCCCAAAAACUUGGAUUUUUCCUUGUAACAUUCGGCUUCAUAUGGGGAAUGAUGCUACUUCACUUUACUAUUCAGCAACGGAGUCAGCAUGAAAGUAGUAGCAUGCUUCGGGAACAGAUUUUGGAUCUCAGCAAACGCUAUAUCAAAGCACUUGCAGAGGAAAAUCAAAAUGUUGUGGAUGGACCCUAUGUUGGGACAAUGACAGCAUAUGAUUUGAAAAAAACUCUGGCUGUUUUACUGGAUAAUAUUUUACAACGACUUGGAAAAUUAGAGUCAAAAGUAGAUAUCCUGAUAUUCAAUGCCUCAAGUGGAAAUUCAAGUAAUGUGACAUCCAGUGUUACUCCUGGUGGGAUAAAUGUAGAAAAAGUUAAUGUUGCAGAUCUCAUUAAUGGGGCUCAAGAACAUUGUGAAUUACCUUCAAUGGAUGGUUUUCCUCACUGUGAGGGUAAAAUAAAGUGGAUGAAGGAUAUGUGGAGGUCAGAUCCAUGUUAUGCCAGCUAUGGAGUUGAUGGAUCCACUUGCUCUUUUUUUAUUUACCUCAGUGAGGUUGAAAACUGGUGCCCUCAUCUCCCAUGGAGAGCGAAGAAUCCCAGUGAAGAUGCUGACAAAAAGGGAAGGUCUGAAAUACGUACAGAUUUUGAAGAGCUAUACCUUGUAAUGUCCAAACAUGAAGAAUUCCGGUGGAUGAUGUUGAGAAUCAAGCGAAUGGCUGAGGCAUGGGUUGGAGCAAUCAAGUCCCUUGCCGAGAAGCAGAACCUUGAAAAUCGAAAGCGCAAAAAGAUUCUUGUUCACUUAGGACUCUUGACAAAAGAAUCAGGUUUCAAGAUUGCAGAGAGUGCUUUCAGUGGUGGUCCUCUGGGUGAACUAGUACAGUGGAGUGAUUUAAUCACAACUCUGUACUUGCUGGGUCAUGACCUCAAGAUUUCAGCUUCCCUGGCUGAACUGAAGGAGAUAAUGAAGAAAGUGGUUGGCAAUAAAUCUGGCUGCCCAACCCAAGGAGAUAAAGUAGUGGAACUAAUUUAUAUUGACAUUGUGGGUCUAAGUCAGUUCAAGAAAACACUUGGCCCUUCUUGGGUUCAUUAUCAGUGUAUGCUCAGAGUUUUAGAUUCGUUUGGGACUGAACCAGAGUUCAACCAUGCUCACUAUGCACAGUCAAAAGGGCACAAGACACCUUGGGGAAAGUGGAACCUUAACCCUCAACAGUUCUACACUAUGUUUCCUCACACUCCAGAUAACAGUUUCGUAGGAUUUGUGGUGGAACAACACCUAAAUGCCAGUGACAUUAAACAUAUGGAUGAAAUCAAAAGGCAAAAUCAGUCUCUUGUGUAUGGGAAAGUGGAUAAUUUCUGGAAGGAUAAAAAGAAGUACUUGGAUAUAAUUCAUAUCUAUACAGAGGUCCAUGGCACAGUACACGGUAUAAGCACUGUAAACCUUCCCAGUUAUGUGAGAAACCAUGGCAUUCUGAGUGGCCGAGAUUUGCAGUUCCUACUCAGAGAGACCAAGCUGUUUGUGGGGCUUUCAUUUCCAUACGAAGGUCCUGCUCCAUUGGAAGCUAUAGCUAAUGGCUGUGCUUUCCUGAAUCCCAAGUUUGAUCCACCAAAAAGCAGCAAAAAUACUGACUUCUUCAAAGGAAAACCCACCACGAGGGAGCUGACAUCUCAGCACCCCUAUGCGGAGGUUUAUAUUGGAAAACCUCAUGUCUGGACAGUAAACAUUGAUGACACAGAGGAAGUAGAGAAAGCUGUCAGAUCAAUUCUCAACCAAAAGAUUGAACCUUAUUUACCGUAUGAGUUCACUUGUGAGGGUAUGUUACAGCGAGUCAACGCCUUCAUCGAAAACCAGGAUUUUUGCCAUGGUCAGGUGAUGUGGCCUCCUCUCAGUGCACUCCAGGUGAAGAUAGCAGAGUCAGGAAAGUCCUGCAAACAAGUCUGUCAGGAAAAUCAGAUGAUCUGUGAGCCAUCCUUUUUUCAACACCUCAAUAAGGACAAGGACCUGAUCAAAUAUGGAGUGGAGUGCUUAACCGGUGAGUCAACAAAUGACAUUGUGGUGCCUGCAUAUGAUGAAGAGAAAAAACACUGCAUCUUUCAAGGCGAUUUGCUUCUUUUCAGUUGUGCAGGGGCUCACCCAACCCUAAAACGUGUCUGCCCCUGCAGGGAUUACAUGAAAGGACAGGUUGCACUCUGCACAGGUUGUCUAUAGCACAGCCUGGGAAUCUGAAGCAAACAACUACUAAGAAUUUACUUUCUGAAGUAAUAAAAGUCAUCAUGUGGGAUGAUGUACAGGUUUUCUGCUCAGAAGACAGACAAAGUCUGUGAUAACAAAUGCAUUUUAACUGUGGAAGAAUGAGCCUUUCCAGAAGAUCCAAGAGGGGACAGAAUAGCUGCAGUGCACUUGUAAAGGUUAAGCAUCAAAGAUACAAGUGAUCCAUUGCCAACCUCCAGUCAGCCUACAAUACUUGAAUCCAAGUCACAGAGGAACAUGGCUGAGUGGGAUUACAUGUAAGGACUGUCUGCAGCCAAACUAAAGAGAUGCGGUGCUAACAGUGCUAAAUGGAACAUGCUGCUGAAUUCCUUUGCAGACAUGUAACUGUUUAAAACUUCAUUCCUGUAACCAAAAUAUUUAUUGACAAAGGGGGACCAACAGAAGGAAGGUUUUGUUGUCUUUUGUUUUUCUUUCAGUUUUCUGUGCUAAAUACUAUCCACAUAAAAAUCUGACAAAAAUUAGAUCCUAGGUUUGCAUUGAAGUGUUUGAAACGAUAGGAAAGUAAAUUCUAGAAAAGAAAUUAGUUUGUAUUUGUAAAUGUACCAGUCUCAAACCUUAUAAACAAUACUGCCUUCUAUACGUUAGAUUCAUCAGUAAGGUUAAAACUACCAGUAGUAUGCUUACAAAAUGCCAAAUGCAAUGUGUUUAAAAUGAUUGUGGUUUGAUCCAAAAUCUGUGCAGUUUUAUUUUGUUUCUUUUGCACAUUUUUAAACUGCAUGGCAGUUCUUUGAGUCCCCACAGCCAGUUAGGUUAUGUUACUAGAGGUAAUAUCUGUAGAAGAAUGUCUUAUAUAUUUAUGAAACUGUAGACCAUGUAUGUGUUCAAAAUGAAAUUUUAAUAUCCAUUAUGCACACUAAAUCAUAACAAUCUACAGUAUUUUUGGCAAACUUUAGUGGCAGUUUGUAGGGAUUUGUUGUGGUAAUUUUUCCUGUCUGGUGUCUAUCAGUGAGCGAUCUGAAGGACUGGCAGAGAAAGCCGUCUAAAAAGUAAAAUUUUGUCUAUUUUUGAGAGGAUUUAUUCAGAUUUCAUAAGAUAAUUUAUAAUUCCUAAUAGAAAAUAAUCUAUUUAAUUGGGUUGCUGACAGGGGUGUAGCAUAUUUACGUGCGCAUUUGUGUGUGUGCGCAUAUAUAUAUAUAUGUAUAUACAGUAUUUAUAUAUAAUAUAUAUACAGUAUAUACCAUAUGUAUACACACAUAUUAAAUUUUGUUGUCUACAUUUUAGAAAGAAAGUGCACUAUUUUUGUUUUAACAGUAGAGAGGGAAUCAUCACACUGUAUACUGUCUAUAGAGACUUUGUAAAUCAGUUUCCUAUUUUAUUUAUAGUACAGAAAGUUACUGCUUUAACUGUCUGCUGAAAAUUUUAGUUUACUUAUUUUUUUAAAUUUAUUUAUAAGACAAGGAAGCCAUUUAUUUUUGUUUUUUUCUUAAAUGAUUUAUUUAACAAAUAAUUUAAAAUGUGUAAAAGGGGGUAGCAGUGUUUAUAAUAAGUGCACAUCACUUAUAUGUGUGUCAGUUACAAAAAUUAAUCCAUGAAAAAGCUUUUGGUGUAUUACUUAAAAGUGGUCCUACCACACAUAGAGUAGUUUUCUUGGAACUGUCAGUUUUGCACACAUGUCCAUGCAAAUGCUGUUUAAUAGUACCAAACAAUUCCCUUUUCAUUCAAUCAUUUGUACAUUCAUAACUCCAAUGACACCGAUUUUUUGGUAAUUAUUAAGUAUAUGUUGUAUUUGGUGGUGGGUAAAUAAUCAAAGGUCUAAUUAAUAAUGUAAUUUGUUCCAUAUUUGCUCUUUACAGAUACUGUAUGGCUUAAGUUAAACCUGUAUGUUUGCAAUCAGUGAACUGACACCAAUAUAAUCAUUGUGGAGCCCUCUUUAAUAAGAGACAAAAGAUUUGUAAGGACUCAUUUAUGUUGUUCUUAAUAACAGUAAAAACCUCAUUUUAUAUUAUAUAUGCAAUUGAAUUUGCACAUUUGUAAAUAGAAAUUUUUUUGCUUUAGUUCUAAAUGUAAGUUUCCUUGUCACAAGUUAUUUUGCUUCUACAUAAAAUACGUACAGUAUGUAAAUAGUGGAGAGGCACCUUUAGCUCAGAUACUGUUUCAAAGUUCAUAUUGUGCCUUUAAUGGGUUUUAUGUUUGUUUGCUUUUGUUUGUUUGUCAUGGCGCUCAACUAAACUACCUAUACCAUAAAAAGAAACAGAAGUAGAAUGUUAAUUACAUUAUCAUAAGAGUCUGAUAUUGCAGCUAUUGCUCUGAAGUGUAGGACCGAAAAAAUAAUCUUUUGUUCUUUCAAAUUUUAUUUAAGAAUCCAUUGGAAAAUCUAGCUUGCUCAAUUGAAACUCCAUUGCACCAUUCCUUAAAUAGUUUCCUAUAAAAUGUGCAAGAUGUCAUCUGGCUAAAAUGAGCUAUUCUUUUUAUAUAGUUUUAAUAUUAACUUUAUAAAAUAAUGUGAAAGUUUUGCCCUGUAGAGUGUUAGAUAUUUUGAGUGCAAGAAAGCAUGCCGUAAAACAGAAAUUCCUUUGUGUAAUGUGUGAUCUACUUUUCCUUUCUGGCUAAAUUCAAAUAAUGAAACAUGCUGUGCCACUUCAACAAUCAAUAGCUUUAAGACUUUUUAGAAGUAAAUACCAAUGAUUGGAGUCAAGGGCAGCAGCAGGAAUGACUGUCCAUCCCAGGGCACAGUACACCUAAGCAGAGCCCAAGGCGAUUCUCGGCUUGCCACUCCGACUACGUUUGUGUGUUUGAACUGUCAGGACCAACAUGGGGUGAACACGCACACUCCAUAGUGAAGAGAUUAACAAACACUGAUGCAAUCUGACGUCCAGGUGCUGUGUGCUUUUUGGCCUUUCGCUUUUUUAGUUAAUAAGCUCCACAACUUAUACCAUUUUCUUAUAUAUUUUCUUUUUGUAAUUUCAAGUUAUUGAAGUUAGAUAUUCAAAUGUUAAUAUCAUUUCUACCGUUUUAAGCUGAUUUCUCCCAGCUGGAUUAUUUGAAGUGGUUGCUUGCUUGUUUCCCUUGUUGAAGAUGAAGGAUCACUAUGAAGAAGGAAAUUACUUUAUUCAAAUGAUUACUUUUUAUUGGCAAAAUGCAGAUGUUUCAUGUGUAGUAAAUGCAAGGUUUUCCUUUUCAACAUAUUUGCAUUUCAGUAUAUGAUAACUUGCAUACACAUUACUGCAAUGUUGGUAAACUCGAUGUAAAAUGAACACAAUGACAUAGUGAAAGAAACAGGAAUAAAAAUAACUUCCAUAAAAGAAGAGAUUUGUUUUCACUCUUGUUGAUUUAUAAUGCAGGAUAAAACUUUAUUUUUCAAUAAACCUUUUCUGUGACAAAACA